GAUGGUAUCAAGAUUGUGGAUCUUCAGAAUUCUCAAAAUCAAGUUUUUCUGAAGCUUCAGUCAAAAGGGUUGAAAGGAGGGGGUCGUUUUGGACAAACAACUCCACCACUUGUUGAUUUUCUUAAGGAUAUUUUAAGAAGAUACCCAGAAGGAGGACAGAUUCUUAAGGAACUGAUACAGAAUGCAGAAGAUGCAGGUGCCACAGAGGUUAGGUUUUUAUAUGAUGAAACUCAGUAUGGAACAGAAACUCUGUGGUCAAAGGACAUGGCACAAUAUCAGGGGCCAGCAUUUUAUGCAUACAAUGAUGCAAUUUUCACCCCUGAGGACUGGCAUGGUAUACAGGAAAUAGCAAGAAGCAGGAAGAAAGAUGACCCCCUGAAAGUUGGCAGAUUUGGAAUUGGCUUUAAUUCAGUUUAUCAUAUAACAGAUGUCCCUAGUAUUUUCAGUGGUGACCAGAUUGGAAUGCUUGAUCCCCAUCAAACCCUUUUUGGACCUCAUGAAUCAGGCCAGUGUUGGAAUCUAAAAGAAGACAGCAAGGAAAUCAAUGAACUUACAGACCAGUUUGCACCAUUCAUUGGUGUAUUUGGCAGCACUAAGGAAACCUUUAAGAAUGGAAACUUUCCUGGUACCUUUUUUCGUUUCCCUCUUCGUCUGCAGCCUUCCCAACUGAGCAGCAAUGUUUACGACAAACAAAAGGUUUUGGAGCUGUUUGAAUCCUUCAGAGCAGAUGCAGACACAGUAUUGCUCUUCCUGAAGAGUGUUCAGGAUGUUUCAUUGCAUGUUAGGGAAGCUGAUGGAACCGAGAGGCUGAUUUUUAGAGUAACAGCUAGUGAGAACAAGGCCUUGAAACACGAAAGACCCAAUUCUAUCAAGAUCUUAGGAACUGCGAUAAAUCAAUAUUGUAAGGGAGUUCCAAGCAAUAGCAUAACAUGUGUGACAUACCAUGUAAAUAUAGUUGUAGAAGAUGAGAGUGUUAAGGAUGCACAGAAAACAUCUUGGUUAGUGUGUAAUUGUGUGGGUGGUCGAGGAAUGUGUACUGAACUGGAUUGUUUAGCUGAUGACUUGAAAUUUGUUCCUACUAUUGGAAUAGCCAUGUCUUUAUCAAGUAACGGGGAGGAAAAAGGAGCUGUAGCAGACUUUUCAGGAAGAGCAUUUUGUUUUCUGCCUUUGCCUCCAGGUGAAGAAAGCAAAACUGGACUCCCAGUACAUGUUAGUGGUUUCUUUGGUCUUACAGACAAUAGGAGGAGUAUCAAAUGGCGAGAGCUGGAUCAAUGGAGAGAUCCAGCAGCUUUGUGGAAUGAUCUUCUUGUGGUGAAUAUAGUACCAAAGGCAUAUACCACCCUUAUAUUGGAAGCUAUCAAACGAAUGGAGACUGAGAAGAAUUCCGAUUUUCCAUUGUCAGCUGAAAUAAUUUAUAGGUUAUGGCCUGAUGAGAACAAAAUCAGGGUACCUUGGAAACCAAUUGUAGUACCUCUCUUUAAAGAGCUGCUCCAGCAUACAGUUAUUUACUCAAUGAGUAAUCAGUGGAUACAGGUGGAACAGGUGCACUUUUCUGAAAUGGAUGAAAGUUUGGAGUACACACAGUCUGUUCUCAACUACCUCCAGAAAUCAGGGAAGCAGAUUGCCAAGGUACCAGCAAAUAUUGCUAGUGCAGUGCAUCUUACUAUUUCUACUGCUAAAGCUGUGAAAAAAGUGACUCCUGCUGUAGUACGGCAAGUACUAAGGAAAUCUGGACACAGUGGACCUGCUGAAGAAAAGCUUCAUCUUUUAGAAUUUGUGCUUUCUGAUGGAGUCUACAGUGAACUGAUUGGGUUGGAGCUUUUACCAUUACAGAAUGGAAAUUUUAUUCCUUUUUCCUCAUCUGUGUCAGAACAGGAUAUAGUUUACAUAACCUCAGAAGAAUAUCCCAGUUCCCUUUUUCUUGCCCUGGAGGCUGAUGACCUGAAGCCUGAGGUUCUAGCUGCUUUGAAAGAAGCUGCCAAAAGCCGAGGAAGGCCAUGCACUCAGCUGCAGCUUCUGAACCCAGAAAGAUUUGCCCGGCUCAUUAAAGAAGUUAUGAAUAGCACGUGGCCUGGCAGAGACAUGGUCGUACAGUGGUAUCCAGGUUUGGAAGACAAAAAUCACCCAUCAGUUUCCUGGUUUAAGAUGGUCUGGAAGAACCUGUAUAUACAUUUUUCUGAUGACUUGAGUGUGUUUGAUGACAUGCCGCUUAUCCCCAAGACACUGCUGGAGGAAAACCAAACAUCAGUGGAACUGGUUAGAUUUAGAAAUCCAUCACCCAUCAUUCUGGAAGAUGAAUCUGAGAGUCAGCUCCCGGAAUAUUUAGCUGAUAUUAUUCAGAAAGUUGGUGGAGUCGUACUUGAGAAGCUAGAUAUAUCUAUCCAACAUCCACUUAUAAAAAAAUAUGUGCAUCCACCAUUACCAAGUGCUGUUUUACAAAUAAUGGAAAAAAUGUCCUUACAGAAACUGUGCAGUCAGGUUGCAUCAUUCCCAUCAACACAUAAAGAUGCUCUUAGGACAUUCCUAGCUAGUUUAACUGAUGCAAGUGAAAAAGAGAGAAGAAUUAUUCAGGAAUUGCUAAUAUUUAAAAAAAUUGAAAAAUCAUCUGAUGAAAGUAUCCCUGUUUAUACUGGGCUAAAAGGUAGUAAGGUAUUACACCACACUGCCAAAAUUCCUCCUGGUCUAAGAUUUUCUAUUCCAAUAAUUGACAGCAGUGAUGAAGCUACUAUUCGCUUAGCUAACCUGCUGAAAAUAGAACAGCUGAAGAGCACAGAUUGCUUGAAAUUUGUUAUACAAGACAUAAAAAGUGAUUUUUAUUCAUAUGAUGAAAUAACGCAGAUAAUGCAAUGGGUUCUUGAAAAUCUGACUUUUCUGAAAAAUGAGAAUACAGAUGUGAUAGAUUGGCUAACAUCACUAAAGUUUAUUAAGAUUUCACAGGAAAAGAUAAUGUCAGCAGAUGAACUCUUUGAUCCUGAGGUAGAACUUCUGCAAAAUUUGUUUUAUGCUGAGGAGGAAAUUUGCUUCCCCCCUGUUAUUUUUACAUCUUCAGAUAUUCUUCAUUCUCUGAGACAAAUAGGCUUGAAAAAUGAGGCCAAUCUUGAGGAAAGUGAUAUUAUGAGAGUGGCAAAUAAAAUUGAAAGUUUGCAUGCUGACUCCAACACUGAUCAUGACUUACUGUUAAGAAAAGCUAGAACUCUCUUGAUGGUUUUGAACAAAAACCAUACGCUGCUUCACUCAUCUGAAACAAAAGCUGCACUGAAAAAAAUAAAAUGGAUCCCUGCAUGUAAGGAAAGACCUCCAAAUUAUCCAGGGUCCUUGGUUUGGAAAGGAGACCAUUGCAAUCUGUGUUCACCGCCAGAAAUGUGUGAUAUAUCUCAUGCAAUUUUAGUUGGUUCCUCAGUUCCUCUUGUGGAAAAUGUGCUGUUGGAUACAGAAAAGGCACUUGGGAUCCUCACCAAGCCCAGCAUAAAAGCAGUCUUGAAACAUUUCAAGGUCGUGGUCGAUUGGCACAGUUCUAAAACCUUCAGUGAUGAGGACUAUUAUCAAUUUCAGCAUAUCUUGCUUGAGAUUUAUGGAUUUAUGCACGAUCAUCUAGAAGAAGGCAAAGAAGCUUUUAAAGCCCUGAAAUUUCCCUGGGUUUGGACAGGUAAAACAUUUUGUUCCCUCACACAAGCAGUAAUAAAGUCAGUACCUGAUCUUGAUCUCCAACCAUAUCUACAUUAUGUGCCAAAAACGAUGGCGAAGUUUCACCAGUUGUUUAAAUGUUGUGGUUCAAUUGAGCAGUUAACACCAGACCAUGUUUCUAUGGUCAUUCAGAAAAUAUAUCUAAGAAGUGAGCAGUCUCUCUCGGAACAAGAGAGUAAACAAAAUCUUCACAUUAUGUUGAGCAUCAUAAGAUGGCUGUACAGCAAUCAGAUUCCUGCAAGUCUGCAUACACCCAUGCCACUAUACAGUGGCAAACUUCCUUAUAAACUUGCGAUGAGGCCAAUUCAUGAGUGCUGCUACUGUGAUAUCAAAGUUGAUGACUUAAACGAUUUGCUUGAAGAUUCUGUUGAGCCAAUAAUUUUGGUGCAUGAAGACAUACCAAUGAAAACCGCUGAGUGGUUAAAUGUCCCAUGCCUUAGCACAAGAUUGAUUAAUCCAGAAAAUAUGGGAUUUGAGCAAUCUGGACAAAGAGAGCCUCUGACUGUAAGAAUUAAAAACAUUUUGGAAGAAUACCCUUCCAUUUCAGAUAUCUUUAAAGAGCUUCUUCAAAAUGCUGAUGAUGCUAAUGCAACAGAAUGUAAUUUCCUGAUUGACAUGAGAAGAAAUAUGGAUAUAAGAGAGAAUCUUCUGGAUCCAGGAAUGGCAGCGUGUCAUGGUCCAGCUUUGUGGUCAUUCAAUAAUUCUGAAUUUUCUGACUCUGAUUUCCUAAAUAUAACUCGAUUAGGAGAGUCUUUAAAAAGGAGUGAAGUUGACAAAGUAGGAAAAUUUGGACUGGGAUUCAAUUCUGUCUAUCAUAUCACUGAUGUUCCUAUUAUUUUGAGCCGGGAGUUCAUGAUUAUGUUUGAUCCAAAUGUUAACCAUAUCAGUAAGCACAUUAGAGAUAAAUCUAACCCUGGGAUCAAAAUCAACUGGAGUAAACAACAGAAAAGGCUGCGAAAAUUUCCCAAUCAGUUUAAGCCAUUUAUAGGAGUUUUUGGUUGCCAGCUGCCACUGACUGUGGAAUCUCCUUACAGCUACAAAGGAACUCUUUUCAGCCUGUCAAAAAAUACAGCAGACAUUUACUCUCUUGUGGAUGAAUUUAGCAUUUGUGGUCAUAGACUGAUAAUAUUUGCUCAGAGUGUAAAUUCAAUGGUUUUGAAAUACUUGAAAAUUGAAGCAGAUGAUCCUGGGGUGGCACAAGAUGUUGUUACGAUCAAAAAAAAUCUGUGUUCUUCCAAAGCCUUGACUGCACCAAAUGUAAGUGUUUUAAAGGAAGCAGCUAAACUCAUGAAGGUCUGCAGCAGCAGUAAUAAAAAGCUUCCCACUGAAACACCAAAGUCCUCGUGUAUCUUACAGAUAGUAGUAGAAGAAUUUCACCAUGUGUUUAGGCGGAUCGCUGAUUUGCAGUCUCCGCUUUUCAGAGGUACAGAAGAUGAUCCAGCUUCUUUCUUUGAAAUGGCUAAAUCGGGGCAGAUAAAAAGAUCAGGUGAUGAAUUGCCACAGAAAACAGUAGAUUCAACAACAUGGCUUAUAUGUUCUUGCAUGGACACUGGAGAUGCUUUAAAAUUUUCAUUACAUGAAAGUGGACGAAGACUAGGUCUUGUUCCAUGUGGUGGAGUAGGAGUGUUGUUGUCUGAAACCCAGGAUCAAAAGUGGAUUGUGAAACCUAAUUGCAACAACAUAGGUGAAGUAUUCUGCUAUUUACCUCUACGAAUAAAAACAGGCUUACCUCUUCAUAUAAAUGGCUGCUUUGCAGUUACUUCAAAUCGGAAAGAGAUCUGGAAAACAGACACAAAAGGAAGAUGGAAUACAGUAUUCAUGAGGCAUGUUAUUGUAAAAGCCUACAUAGAAGCACUUUGUGUUCUACGUGACAUGGCAAUCAAUGGCGAGCUAGUUGACUACAGUUACUGUGCAGUGUGGCCAGAUCCUGAUUCAGUUCAUGAUGAUUUUUCUGUUAUUUGUCAAGGGUUUUAUGAAGACAUAGCUCACAUGAAAAGCAAAGAAGGGAUCAAAGUGUUUUCUGAUGGUUUCUCUUGGGUUUCCAUGAAGAAUGUAAGGUUUUUAGAUGACUCAAUACUGAAACGACCAGAUGUUGGACCAUCAGCCUUUAAGAUCUUUCUGAAGUACCUUAAAAACACUGGUUCCAAAAAUCUGUGUGCUGUAGAUCUCCCAUCCUGGGUAAAAACAGGAUUUGAAGAAGCAGGAUGCAAAUACAUAUUAUUGGAGAACACUUACUCUGAGAAACAGUUCUUUUCUGAGGUAUUUUUCCCUAAUGUUCAGGAGAUUGAUGCAGAGCUGCGUGAUCCUCUGAUGCGUUAUGUUCUCAAUGAAAAAGUUGAGGAGUUCUCAGGAAUUCUUCGUGUUACUCCAUGUAUUCCCUGUUCGUUGGAUGGACAUCCAUUAGUUACACCAUCAAGGCUGAUUCAUCCUGAAGGAAGAGUUGCAAAGUUAUAUGAUGCUGAAGAUGGAAGAUUUCCUUAUGGCACCACUCAGGAUUAUCUUAACCCCAUUAUUUUGGUUAAACUUGUUCAGUUGGGAAUGGCUAAAGACGAUAUUUUAUGGGAAGAUCUGAUAGAACGUGCAGAGUCAGUAGCUGAAAUUAACAAGGUUGAUCAUGCUGCAGCUUGUCUUAGAAGCAGUAUUAUAGUGAGUCUGAUUGAUGAAAAACUAAAAUCUAGGGACCCUAGAGCUAAAGAAUUUGCUGCGAAGUGUCAAACCAUCCCUUUCCUUCCUUUCCUUAGCAAACCAGCAGGCUUCUCACUGCACUGGAAAGGCAGUGAUUUUCAGCCUGAAGCAAUGUUUUCAGCAACUGAUCUUUUCACUGCUGAUCAUCAAGAUACAGUUUGCCUCAUACAACCAAUUCUUAAUGAAAAUUCCCACUCCUUUAAAGGUUGUGGUGCUUUGUCAUUAGCUGUCAAAGAAUUUUUGGGUUUACUGAAGAAACCAGCUGUUAAUUUGGUCAUAAAUCAGCUAGAAGAAGUUGCAAAGUCAUUUGAUGGAAUCACAUUAUAUCAAGAAAAUAUCACCAAUGCUUGUUACAAAUACCUACAUGAAGCAAUGUUACAGAAUGAAUCAACAAAAGCUAUGAUAAUUGAACAACUGACAAACUGUAGUUUUAUUCUGGUUGAGAAUGUGUAUGUUGAUCCAACAAAAGUGUCUUUUCAUUUGAAUUUUGAAGCAGCACCCUACCUCUAUCAGUUGCCAAAUAAAUAUAAAAAUAGUUUCCGUGAGCUAUUUGAAAGUGUAGGUGUAAGACAGGCUUUUACAGUUGAAGAUUUUGCUGUAGUUCUGGAAUUAAUAAAUCAGGAAAGAGGGACCAAACAACUAACAGAAGACAACUUUCAGCUUUGCAGGAGAAUAAUUAGUGAAGGAAUAUGGGGCCUCAUUAGAGAGAAGAAACAGGAAUUUUGUGAGAAAAAAUACGGUGAGAUUUUGUUACCCGAUACUCGUCUUGCACUUCUUCCUGCAAAAUCUUUGUGUUACAAUGACUGUCCAUGGAUUAAAGUUAAAGACACAACUGUUAAAUAUUGUCAUGGUGAUAUUCCAAGAGAAGUUGCAGUAAAGCUUGGAGCAAUACCAAAACGCCAUAAAGCUUUAGAAAGAUACGCAUCCAAUAUCUGUUUUACUACCCUUGGAACGGAAUUUGGCCAGAAAGAAAAAUUGACAAGUAGAAUUAAAAGCAUUCUUAAUGCUUACCCUUCAGAAAAAGAAAUGCUGAAAGAGCUUCUUCAGAAUGCAGAUGAUGCAAAAGCUACAGAGAUCUGUUUUGUGUUUGAUCCUAGGCAGCAUCCAGCAGAUAGAAUAUUUGAUGAGAAAUGGGCACCACUUCAAGGACCAGCACUGUGUGUUUACAACAAUCAGCCUUUUACAGAAGAUGAUAUUCGAGGAAUUCAGAACCUUGGAAAAGGUACAAAAGUAGGGAAUCCCUGUAAAACUGGACAAUAUGGUAUAGGUUUCAAUUCUGUUUAUCACAUUACCGAUUGCCCUUCUUUCAUAUCUGGCAAUGAUAUACUUUGUAUUUUUGAUCCUCAUGCUAGAUAUGCACCAGGUUCAACAUCAACAAGUCCUGGCCGCAUGUUUAGAGAUUUAGAUGCAGAUUUCAGAACACAGUUCUCAGAUGUACUGGACCUCUACUUAGGAAAUCACUUUAAACUGGAUAAUUGUACAAUGUUUAGGUUUCCUCUUCGAAAUGGAGAAAUGGCGAAAGUAUCAGAAAUUUCCUCAGUUCCAUGCUCAGAUAGAAUGGUCCAGAAUCUUUUAGAUAAGCUGCGUUCAGAUGGAGCAGAACUCUUAAUGUUUUUGAACCAUAUGGAAAAAAUUUCUAUUUGUGAGAUAGAAAAAACAACAGGAGCACUGAAUGUGUUGUAUUCUGUACAAGGUAAAAUCACUGAUGGAGACAGACUGAAGCGAAAGCAAUUCCAUGCAUCUGUAAUUGACAGUGUAACUAAAAAAAAGCAGCUAAGUGAAAUACCUGUGCAACAGAUUACUUAUACAAUGGAUACUGAAGACUCUGAAGGAAAUCUUACAACUUGGUUAAUUUGUAACAGGUCGGGCUUUUCUGCUAUGGAAAAGGUAUCCAAAAGUGUGGUUUCAGCCCACAAGAAUGAGGACAUUACUCUCUUUCCACGUGGCGGGGUAGCAGCUUGCAUUACUCAUAAUUACAAAAAACCCCACCGAGCAUUUUGUUUCUUACCAUUAUCAUUAGAAACUGGACUACCUUUUCAUGUGAAUGGACACUUUGCUCUGGAUUCUGCAAGAAGAAAUCUAUGGCGUGAUGAUAACGGUGUUGGCGUAAGAAGUGACUGGAAUAGUAGCCUAAUGACAGCACUGAUAGCACCAGCUUAUGUUGAAUUGCUGAUUCAGCUGAAGAAACGGUAUUUUCCAGGCACCGAUCCUACAGUUUCAGUGCUUCAAAACACACCUAUUCAUGUUGUGAAAGACACUUUAAAAAAAUUUUUAUCCUUUUUUCCAGUUAAUAGACUUGAUAUUCAGCCGGAUUGGUAUUGUUUAGUGAAAGCAGUUUACAGUUGCAUUUAUGAAGAUUUGAAGCGUCUUUUACCUGUUAUGCGAGCUCCAAAUAUUGAUGGUUCUGAUUUGCAUUCUGCUGUUAUCAUCACAUGGGUUAAUAUGGCUACUGCUAACAAAGGCAGGCCGUUCUUUGACAAUUUACUACAAGAUGAAUUGCAACAUCUCAAAAAUACAGAAUACAACAUCACAACGCGGAAGACAGUGGCUGAAAACGUUUACAGACUCAAGCAUUUACUCUUAGAAAUUGGAUUUAAUUUGGUAUAUAACUGUGAUGAAACUGCAAAUCUUUACCACUGUUUGGUAGAUGCAGAUAUUCCUGUCACCUAUGUGACACCUGCUGAUGUCCGAUUAUUUUUGAUGACAUUUUCUUUUCCAGACUCUAAUUGCCACAUUGGAAAGUUACCCUGUCGUCUUCAGCAGACAAAUUUGAAACUCUUCCAUAGUCUCAAACUUCUGGUUGAUUACUGUUUUAAAGAUGCAGAAGAAAAUGAAAUCCAAAUUGAGGGGUUGCCACUCCUUAUUACUCUUGACAAUGUUUUGCAAAUAUUUGAUUCAAAGCGACCAAAGUUCUUAACAACAUACCAUGAACUGAUUCCAUCUCGCAAGGAUCUCUUUAUGAACACAUUGUAUUUGAGAUACAACAAUAUUUUACUUAGCAGCGAAGUAGCAAAAGUCUUUGAUAUCAGAAGUUUUGCUGAAUUGUUGUCAUCUGUGUUACCUAGAGAAUAUAAAACAAGAAAUUGUAUGAAAUGGAAGGAAAACUUCGCAAGUGAAUCUUGGCUUAAAAAUGCCUGGCAUUUUAUUAGUGAGUCCAUAAAUAUUAAGGAAGAGCAAGAGGAUACGCAAGCAAAAUUUGAUGAUGUUGUUGAAACUUUGAAGGACUGGACUUUGCUCCCUGGUAUAAGGUUUACUGUCUCAGCUAAUCAUCUUGUUGUGCCAGAGUGUGAUGUUUUGCUGCCCCUCAGCAUUAUGCAUAUAGCUGUUUUUCCAAAUGCUCAGAGUGAUAAAGUCUUUCAUGCUUUAAUGAAAACAGGCUGUAUUCAGCUGGCAUUGAACAAAAUUUGCUCCAAAGACAGUGCUUUAGUGCCUUUGUUGUCAGGAUGUACAGCAAAUAUAGAUAAUCCUUCAAGCAUUCUGAAAGCCAUACAAUAUAUGGUACAGACAUCGACUUUUAGGACUGAAAAGUUAGCAGAAAGUGACUUUGAGGCUCUCUUAAUGUACUUCAAUUGCAAUUUAUGUCAUUUGACAUCUCAGGAUGACAUUAAAAUUUUAAAGUCUCUUCCAUGUUAUAAAUCAAUUAGUGGCCGAUACAUCAGCAUUUCAAAAUACGGGACGUGUUAUGUCCUCACGAAAAGCAUCCCAUCAGUAGAAGUAGACAGAUGGACACAGUCAACUUCAUCAGCUUUUCUUGAAGAGAAGGUUCAUUUGACAGAUUUGUAUACUGUGCUUGGCUGUGUCUCUGUGGAUGAUCUUGAAGUGUACUUGAAACAUCUUUUGCCAAAAAUUGAAAGUCUGUCUUAUGAUGCAAAAUUAGAACACCUGAUCUACCUAAAGAAUAGGCUAACUAGCAUUGAAGAAACUUCAGAAAUGAAAGAACAGCUGUUUGAAAAGCUUGAAAGCAUUUUGAUCAUUCAUGAUGCAAGUAAUAGAUUAAAACCUGCAAAAUAUUUCUAUGACAGGACUGUAAAAGUCUUUGAAGUUAUGCUUCCUGAAAAAUUCUUUAUACCUCAAGAUUUUUUUAAGAAACUAGAGCAACUUACAAAACCGAAAAACCAAGCUGCGUUCCUUCCAUCAUGGGUAACUUUUCUACGACAUAUCGGAUUGAAAUUCAUCAUUUCACAGCAACAGUUACUACAGUUUGCUAAGGAGAUCAGCAUGCGAGCGAAUACAGAAAACUGGUCUAAAGAAACAUUACAGAAUACUGUUGAUGUCCUCCUUCAUCACAUAUUUCAAGAAAGAACUGACCUUUUGUCAGGAAAUUUUCUGAAAGAAUUGUCAUUAAUUCCUUUUCUGUGCCCUGAACGAGCACCAGCAGAAUUUGUUAGAUUUCAUCCUCAGUAUCAAGAAGUUAAUGGAACGCUUCCUCUUAUACGAUUCAAUGGGGCACAGGUGAAUCCUAAAUUCAAACAGACUGAUGUGUUGCAGUUGCUGUGGACUUCAUGUCCCAUUCUUCCCGAAAAAGCAACACCUUUAAGCAUCAAAGAGCAAGAAGGAAGUAGUCUUGGUGCACAAGAACAACUUGAGCAAGUUUUAACUAUGUUGAAUGUUAAUUUGGACCCUCCCCUGGACAAAGUUAUCAAUAACUGCAGGAACAUAUGCAAUAUAACAACUUUGGAUGAGGACAUGGUGAAAACUAGGGCCAAAGUCCUAAGAAGCAUUUAUGAAUUUCUUAGUACGGAGAAAAGGGAAUUCCGCUUUCAGCUUCGAGGAGUUUCUUUUGUAAUGGUGGAAGAAGGUUGGAAGCUCCUUAAGCCUGAAGAGGUAGUAAUAAACCUUGAGUAUGAAUCUGAUUUUAAACCUUAUCUUUACAAACUCCCUUUAGAACUUGGUACUUUCCAUCAGUUAUUUAAACAUUUGGGUACUGAAGAUAUUAUUUCAACAAAGCAGUAUGUUGAAGUUCUAGGUCGUAUAUUCAAGAGCUCAGAAGGAAAGCAGUUGGAUCCUAAUGAAAUGCGCACAGUUAAAAGAGUAGUUUCUGGCCUCUUCAAAAGUCUUCAGAAUGAUUCUGUCAAGGUUAGGAAUGACCUUGAGAAUAUGAGGGAUUUUCCCCUUUACCUUCCGAGUCAAGAUGGUAGGUUGGUAAAGUCUAGUAUCUUAGUUUUUGAUGAUGCACCUCACUACAAAAGCAGAAUCCAAGGUAACAUUGGUGUGCAAAUGCUUGUUGAUCUUAGCCAGUGUUACUUAGGCAAAGACCACGGUUUUCACACUAAAUUGAUAAUGUUAUUCCCUCAGAAACUGAGGCCUCGCUUACUUAGCAGUAUUCUUGAAGAACAGUUGGAUGAAGAGUCUCCCAAAAUUUGUCAGUUUGGAGCAUUAUGUUCUUUGCAGGGAAGGUUACAGUUAUUGUUGUCUUCAGAACAGUUCAUCACAGGACUUAUUAGGAUUAUGAAGCAUGAAAAUGACAAUGCUUUUUUAGCCAAUGAAGAAAAAGCAGUAAGACUUUGCAAAGCUUUGCGAGAAGGUUUGAAAGUUUCCUGUUUUGAGAAGUUGCAAACGACAUUAAGAGUUAAAGGGUUUGCUCCUAUUCCCCACAGCAAAAGUGAAACAUUUGCUUUCCUGAAGAGAUACGGAAAUGCAGUAAUAUUGCUUUAUAUACAGCAUUCUGACAGCAAAGACAUAAAUUUCCUGUUAGCAUUAGCAAUGACCUUAAAAUCUGCAACUGACAACCUGAUUUCUGAUACCUCAUAUUUAAUUGCCAUGCUGGGUUGUAAUGAUAUUUACCGGAUCAGCGAGAAGCUUGACAGUUUAGGAGUGAAGUACGACUCUUCUGAGCCAUCAAAACUUGAACUACCAACACCUGGCACUCCUAUACCAGCUGAAAUUCACUAUACACUUCUUAUGGAUCCAAUGAAUGUAUUUUACCCUGGUGAAUAUGUUGGUUACCUUGUUGAUGCUGAAGGUGGUGAUAUAUAUGGAUCAUAUCAACCUACUUAUACCUAUGCAAUCAUAGUACAAGAAGUAGAAAGAGAAGAUGAUGAAAGUCCCAGUUUUCUUGGGAAGAUUUACCAGAUUGAUAUUGGAUAUAGUGAAUAUAAAAUAGUGAGCUCUCUUGACUUAUACAAAUUUUCAAGACCGGAGGAAAGUUCUCAAAGCAGGGAUAGCACACCUUCUACCCCAACCAGUCCUACAGAAUUUCCUGCACAUGGACCAAGGACAAUUCCACCUCUCUUCACUGGUAGAGAGAGCCACAAAACAAUAUCCUCAAAACAUCACUCUCCAAAAAAGAUAAAGUCAAACUCGUUGCCAGAGAUAUUAAGAGAAGUGACAUCUGUGAUUGAACAGGCUUGGAAGCUUCCAGAAUCUGAAAGAAAAAAGAUUAUUAGGAGGCUAUAUCUUAAGUGGCAUCCAGAUAAAAAUGCAGAGAAUCUUGAUAUAGCUAAUGAAGUUUUCAAACAUUUACAGAAUGAGAUUAACAGGCUAGAAAAACAGGCCUUUAUGGAUCAAAAUAUGGACAGAGCCUCAAGAAGACCAUUUUCAUCCUCUGCUUCUCGAUUUCAGUCAGAUAAAUUUUCAUUUCAAAGAUUUUACACUUCAUGGAAUCAAGAAGCAACAAGCCACAAAUCUGAAAGGCAACAGUAUAAAGAAAAGUGUCCAUCUUCCACGGGGCCAUCUUACUCGCAACGCUUUUUUGUCCCACCUACGUUCAGGUCUGUUGGCAAUCCAGUAGAGGCACGUCGAUGGCUUAGGCAGGCCCGAGCUAACUUUUCAGCUGCAAGAAAUGACCUUCAUAAAAAUGCCAAUGAAUGGGUGUGCUUUAAAUGCUACCUUUCUACUAAACUAGCCUUGAUUGCUGCUGACUAUGCUGUGAAGGGCAAAUCAGACAAGGAUGUAAAACCAGCAGCCCUUGCACAAAAAAUAGAGGAAUAUAGUCAGCAACUUGAAGGGCUUGCAAACGAUGUUCAGACAUUGGAAGCUUAUGGAGUAGAUAGCCUAAAAACUAGGUAUCCUGACUUACUCCCCUUUCCACAGAUUCCCAAUGAUAGGUUUACUUCAGAAGUUGCGAUGAGAGUGAUGGAAUGUACUGCUUGUAUCAUAAUAAAACUUGAGAACUUUAUACAACAAAAAGUCUAAGUGAUUUGAAGAGGUUAGGGAACUGUUUGGUCAAGCGCUUAGCUGUUUCGUGUGCCAGGAUACAAAUGUGAUUGUGCAGAUCGGUGGACAUCCAAGAGGUUACACAUUGCCAACCAGUUUAGAAGCGUAGCGCACAAAGGUGCGUGGUACUGAAGUACUUAGAAUUGAAAUUUAUUUAAACGGGAUUUUUUUUUUUUUUAACUGAGCCUGCUGUAUAAGCAAACUGUAAAACAUGAAUAUUUUUU